CCGGUCCAAAGCGGUUUGAACCCGGUUCGGUUGCAGACCGUGCAACCUUAAUCUUCUGCACUCCCACUCUCACUGGCAAUUUGUCAGUAAAAUGGCAAGAGCUGUGUUUUCGGCUGCUGUUCGCAGAGCUUCUUCGGUUCUCAAAUCGCCUUCCAAACCCCACUCUCUAAGGUCAGGUUUUCCAACCCAAGAACCAAUUUUCAUUGCAACCAAACACUUGCCUCUGCCAAAUCCUCUAAACCCAUCAUGGGUUUUCAGAAACUUGAGCCAUGGGUCGGUGAAUUUGGUGAUAUCACAGGGGAAACCCAAGUUCGAGAUGCACGAAAUCGAUCCACCAAAAAAGGAGAAGUGGUUGACCAAGAAGAGGUUGAAGCAACAGAGAAUGAGAGAAAAGCAGGAGAGAAGAGCCGCCAAUAGGAAGGAUCCACGUCGGCUCGGCAUUCAGAGGAAAAAGAAAGGGCAGAAGUUUGCUAAUGCUGAGGGGAGAAUCAAGUACAAGCUUGAAAAGGCUAGAAUAAAGGAAGCUUUGCUGAUUGAAAGACUUAAGAGGUAUGAAAUUCCAAAAGUCCAGGGUCCUGAGGUACAACCAGAUGACCUGACAGGUGAGGAGCGGUUUUAUAUGAAGAAAAUGGCUCAAAAGAAGUCUAAUUAUGCACCAAUUGGAAAACGAGGAAUUUUCGGGGGCGUUAUUCUUAACAUGCAUAUGCAUUGGAAAAAACAUGAAACCGUCAAGGUGAUUUGCAAGCCAUGUAAACCUGGCCAAGUACAUGAAUAUGCCCAGGAAAUUGCUAGACUGAGUGGCGGGAUCCCAAUUCAAAUAGUUGGAGAUGACACCAUAGUAUUCUAUCGAGGAAAGAACUACGUCAUGCCAAAAGUUAUGUCACCCACAAAUACUUUGUCCAAGAAAAAGGCACUGGAAAAGUUUAAGUACGAGCAAUCCCUCGAGACUGUGCGGCACUUCAUUGCUGUUGCUGAGAAGGAACUGGAGCUGUAUUACAGACAUAUUGCGCUUUAUGGUGACCCAAAUGACAGAAAUCCCAUUUCAAUCUUGGAUAGUCCAACAAAAGAGACCAAGGAAUCAGGGGAACUUGAAAAGCAAAAGGUAGAUUCCACAAGUGAUUUCUUUUCCGCGAGUCUUUCAGAGAUAGACACAGGUUCCUCAAUCUCAGAGCUAUCAGAAUGUGAGGAUUCUGAAGAUGACAACCUAUCAAUAAACGAAUCAGAUUCUGAAGAUCACAACGUUAUCAAUAAAUGAAUCAGAUUCUGAAGAUGGCAGUAUAUAUGAAACAAGCUCUUCGGAGAAGAAAAACAGCACGUCACCGUUGGAUGUUAGGUACGAGAGAACGGAACCUUAAUUCCAUUUCAAAAUGUUUCUUUUCUCCUCAUUUUUUAAGCACUUAGGAAGGCAAGGUACAUGGUACUCUUUGACUCAUUGUGCAUUUUGGUUGGUGAGGUGUGGAGUAUGUAUUUCACUUUUGUAUAUAAUGGAUUCCCUCUUUGGUGUA